GCCGGGCCGGAGCCUCGGGAACAGGCGGUACCCGCGCAGUGCCGGGUUCCGCCGCCCCGCUCCUCCUGCCCGCCGCCCUCCCCGCAGGCCCGGGCGCCGCUUUCCGGCGGGAGGGUCGCGUUUCCCGGUCGGUGGUGCCGCCCCUCGUCACCGGGGAUGCCCCGCUGACCGCGGGCUCUGUGCCCGCUCCCGCCUGGCCCGCGGUUCCUGUGGCGUGCCCCGCUCCCCUCGUGGUGCUGCCGGAGCGUUCGUGGCUCAGCUGCAGGCGCGGUGUCUCACACAGCGCUCCGGGCGGCCCUGGGAGAGGCGAACCUGCUGAUUUACAUAGCGGGGCCUCCGUAUUUCAGUAAUCCUGCUGGGUUUGACCCUCCUGUGGUUGUAUGUGCUGGGGCUGAGUUACCGCCCUGGUGAACCGCCUCUUGCUGCCAAGAUAAUCCCGUACACACAGCCUGGCGUUUCUGUUUACGCUGCAAGGAUCUCCAGGAGUGUCAUGUAACAGCUGGAAGUUUUCAUGUGAAAACAGAAAAUGGCUUCAAGAGGAACAACAGAGACCACCAAACUAAAACAAAACUUGGAGGAGCAGUUGGACAGAUUAAUGCAGCAGCUUCAAGAUCUGGAAGAAUGCAGAGAGGAGCUGGAUGCAGAUGAGUAUGAGGAGACCAAAAAAGAAACUCUGGAGCAGCUGAGUGAGUUCAACGACUCCCUGAAGAAGAUCAUGUCUGGAGAUAUGACUUUGGUGGACGAGCUCAGUGGGAUGCAACUGGCAAUACAAGCAGCCAUCAGCCAAGCCUUUAAAACCCCCGAAGUGAUCAGACUGUUUGCAAAGAAGCAGCCCAGGCAACUGAGGACGAGGUUGGCAGAGAUGGACCGAGACUUGAUGGUUGGGAAGUUGGCACGAGACCUGUACACCCAGCAGAAAGUGGAAAUCCUGACUGCCCUCAGGAAGCUUGGUGAGAAGCUCACUGGGGAUGAUGAGAUGUUCUUGUCAGCAAAUGCUGGUACAGCCCUGAGCCAGUUUGAGAGAGUCUCCACUGACCUUGGUUCAGGAGACAAAGUCUUUGCUCUAGCAAGUGUUGAAGUAGAAAAGGCAAAGCAAUGAAGAGGUGUGUGGGGCUCGUGUCUCUCCACUUAUCAACAGCACUGGACUUCUGUCACACUGCAUUUGGUUUUUCUAUUUCCAACAUGUUGAAAAAAAAAAACAAAAACGAAGCAAAGCAAAAAAACACCCAAACCCUAAACCUUCUGGGUUCUUAACCAGAAGAUGUGAAGUGUUUUAAACAGCCUUAAGUGCACUUUGGAACCUUGGUGUCUGUACCCCUUAAGCUCUGAGGCUGAACACUAAGUGGAACUCUAGAAACAAAAGCAUGGGUAUGUUUGUCUUUGGAAAGAAUCAGCUGUUUUGAACUUUUCUGAAUGUGUAUUUCUCUAACUAUUAAAACUUAAAUCUUUUUGCA